GAAGGAGCAAGAGCCCAUCCCUGGUGCCUCCAGGCCCCGCCCCUGCCCUGCCCUCUCCGAAGAGAGGCUGGAGACCCUUUUCCAUCUCAGCAGGGGCCUCAGGACCCCGAUUCUGACCAGACACUGGAGUCACCCUGCUUGUGGGGGGGGGACCGUGAGGGGCUGGGUGGCGCCCCUUGUUCUACACUCAGUCUGAGAGUAGGCUUUGCUCUCCUAAAGGGCCGGAGCAGUGCCGGUGCUGGCGACGGAGGCGAGGACGACGCCGCGCGAGGGACGCCAGGCUCGGACCGCGGCGGGACGCCGCGCGCAGGUCAGGGGGAGCCCCGCCCCUCCCGCCACGCCCGGCGCGCUCUCCGCCCACGCGGCGGCUCUCGGGUCUGCGAAGUUCCGUCUGGGUCCGCCAGAGGGCGCCCGCGGGCGGCGGAGGGGGCGGGAGCCUGGGAACCCGGGAGAGGCCGCGGCCGAGUGGGUCCCACCCCUCGGGGGCUGCGGCUCAGCUCCGAGGGUCGGGUAGAUGGCCGGGGGAUCCGGAUUCAGGGGCGUCGGGCGCUCAGUGGAGCCGGGUUCCGGGGACUGCACGCCCAGGGAUUCGUAGUCGAGCAUUCUGAGAUGCCCGGGCGGCUCGGAUACCGCCCCCCCACCACCCUCCAUCCGGGUGGGGGCUGCUCCUGGACCGCAUCUGGGGCGGGUGUCCGGGCCCUGGCCCUGAGAUGUCCCUGGCCGAGGAGAGGACACUUGAGAAUCUAUGAACAGAUGUGGGGGGUGGGAGCCCAUCUUUGGGGGGGUAGGUCCCCCCACACCCCAUUCCGGCCCGCCUCGGCCCCGCCCCGGCCCCAGGCCCCGCCCUGGCCCGGCUGCACCGCCCACUCCCCUCUGCCCGGCCGGGAGCCCGGGGGCAGCCGCCGCCGCCGCCGCCCGAGCGCCCGCCAUGCGCGCUGCCCCCGCCGCCCCGCUGCUCCAGCUGCUGCUCCUGCUGGGGCCGCGGCUCGAGGCUGCGGGCGUCGCAGAGCCGCCGCUGCCCGCCGUGGUCCUUGCCAUCCUGGCCCGCAAUGCCGAGCACUCACUGCCCCACUACCUGGGCGCGCUGGAGCGGCUGGACUACCCCCGGGCCAGGCUGGCCCUCUGGUGUGCCACGGACCACAACGUGGACAACACCACAGAGAUGCUGCAGGAGUGGCUGGCUGCUGUGGGCGAUGACUAUGCCGCUGUGGUCUGGAGGCCCGAGGGGGAGCCCAGGUCCUUCCCAGACGAGGAGGGUCCUAAGCACUGGACCAAAGAAAGGCACCAGUUUCUGAUGGAGCUGAAACAGGAAGCCCUGACCUUUGCCAGGGACUGGGGGGCCGACUAUAUCCUGUUUGCAGAUACGGACAACAUUCUGACCAACAAUCAGACACUGCGGCUUCUGAUGGAGCAGGAGCUGCCCGUGGUGGCCCCGAUGCUGGACUCUCAGACCUACUACUCCAAUUUCUGGUGUGGGAUCACCCCCCAGGGCUACUACCGCCGCACAGCCGACUACUUCCCUACCAAGAACCGCCAGCGCCGGGGCUGCUUCCGCGUCCCCAUGGUCCACUCCACCUUCCUGGUAUCCCUGCGGGCGAAGGGGACAGACCAGCUGGCCUUCUACCCCCCUCACCCCAACUACACCUGGCCCUUUGACGACAUCAUCGUCUUCGCCUACACCUGUCAGGCUGCUGGGGUCUCGGCCCACGUGUGCAACGAGCACCGUUAUGGGUACAUGAACGUGCCUGUGAAAUCCCACCAGGGGCUGGAGGAUGAGAGAGUCAACUUCAUCCACCUGAUCUUGGAAGCGCUGGUGGAUGGGCCCCCCAUGCGGGCCUCCGCUCAUGUGUCCCGGCCCCCAAAGAGGCCCAGCAAGAUGGGGUUUGCUGAGGUGUUUGUCAUUAGCCUGGCCCGCCGGCCGGACCGCCGUGAGCGCAUGCUGGGUUCGCUCUGGGAGAUGGAGAUCUCCGGGCGGGUGGUGGACGCCGUGGACGGCCGGGUGCUCAACAGCAGUGUCUUGAGGAGCCUCGGCGUGGACCUGCUCCCGGGCUACCAGGACCCCUACUCGGGCCGCACGCUCACCAAGGGCGAGGUGGGCUGCUUCCUCAGCCACUACUCCAUCUGGGAGGAGGUGGUUGCCCGGGGCCUGGCCCAGGUCGUGGUGUUUGAGGACGACGUGCGCUUUGAGAGCAAUUUCAAGGGGCGGCUGGAGCGGCUGAUGGAGGAGGUGGAGGCGGAGAAACUUCCUUGGGACCUGAUCUACCUCGGCCGGAAGCAGGUGAACCCUGAGGAGGAGGCAGCCGUGGAGGGGCUGCCGCACCUGGUGGUGGCCGGCUACUCCUACUGGACACUGGCGUAUGUCCUGAGCCUGGCUGGCGCCCGCAAGCUGCUGGCCCCCCAGCCCCUGCGUCGAAUGCUGCCUGUGGAUGAGUUCCUGCCCAUCAUGUUUGACCAGCACCCCAACGAGCAGUACAAGGCACACUUCUGGCCACGAGACCUGCGGGCCUUCUCAGCCCGGCCCCUGCUCGCUGCUCCCACCCACUACGCGGGGGAUGCCGAGUGGCUCAGUGACACAGAGACGUCUUCACCCUGGGAUGAUGACAGCGGCCGCCUCAUCAGCUGGAGUGGCUCUCAUAAGACCCUGCGCGACCCCCGCCUGGACCUGGCCGGCAGCAGCGGGCACAGCCUCCAUCCCCACCCCCGGGAUGAGCUCUAGGUGGGCCUCGGUCUUCUCUCCCCUUCAGCGGCUGACUCUCUGUGUUUGGGUCUCCUCUUCUCAGCGGUCUUCUCUCUCCCUCUCUCUGUCCCUGGCUUUCUCUCUCUCUCUCUCUCUCUGUGUCUGCACUUCUGUCCACCUCUGAUGCGCCCCCAUCUCUCUGUGUCUCUGACUACCUCCAUGUCUGCUUCUGUGUCUGUCACUCACUGUCCAACUCAAGUUCUUUCUGAUUCUCUCCUCUCACCUCGUCUGUCUCCCCAAGUCCAGGUGGUGACUCCAGAGACGCGCCCAGGAACAGGCCACAGCUGUCCAGGGAGCAGAGCAGGAGCUGCCAACAGGAACCACAGACCCAGUAGGGACCUGGCUGCCACCUUGGGCAUGGCCACUCUGCCCUCUGGACCCGUCUUCCAUUGGGAGAAACCACUCAGAGAUGGGUCCCCUUCCCCGAAGGUCACGUAGCACGAGGACAAGGACUCGUAGGCCCUCUGACUUUGCCUGGCCUGAUUCAGGGCCUGGAGUGGAGGGAAGAAGGGAGGUCCCCCGGCCUUCAGUUUCAAGCUGGGCAGACCCAGGAGCCCUGCGCCCCACUGAAGACCCAGCUGCUGGGCCCCUCUGCCCCCAUCUACCUCCACCUCAGCUCCCUGCCCAGCUUGAUGCCUGGGUCUCACCUCUUCCCUGGCCAGUGGGAAGUGCCAGGAGGUGGGAGGAGGACCCAGCACACAGGAGGCCAUCAAUAAAAGCUGGCUGGUGUUGCACUUUA